AUGUCUGCAUCGGUUGAGCAGGAGGACUUAGAUAAAUGCUUCACCGUGUUUGACGGCUCUUCUCCGGAGGAUGUGUCCCAUGCCCGGCAGCUGUGGAGCUCGCUGUCCCUCCUGCCGCCGCUGGAGUCCCGGCUGGUGUCCGCAGACAUCCGCCAGAGGCUGCCGGUGUUCCGGCCGCAGCGCAGCAGCAGCGCCGGUCCCAAGCCCUCCGCCCCGGCCCCACAGCCGCCCAGCGUGUCUGCUCUCCGGCAGAGACGGGAGGAGAGGCAGCGGUAUGCCGCCAUGGCCGACCAGAGGCGGGAGAUACUCACUCUGCUGAGCCGGCAGAGGGAGCAGAGGAUCCAGAAGGAGCUGCUCUCUGUGGGCUUCAAACCGAAGCUGAAGCUCGGCAGGGAGAAAAUGUUGAAUCUGCAAAAACCUCCAGACUCUGUCACUGACGAGGAGCUGGUGAAGCAACUGCAGUAA